AUGGAACGUCUACCAGUACUCAUCAAGAGCAAUGGACAAUGGAAUGAAGAUCACAAUUAUGAGAACUAUGUGGCUAGUGGAGAAUUCAUACCAACAAAAUGCAAGUACGAAGAGCUACUGCAAAUACUGGUUACUUCAUUGGGGUGCGAAAACACCAGCACAACACUACAAAUACAAUUUCACGACAUAUCCACUAUGUGUGAACCGGCAAAACAACAACACAACACGUCUUUGCCAACACCAAAUUCGAUAUCCACAACAACACCGAAUGAAUAUAAUGUGGCAAUGAUCGAAAACAACACAACAACGCUUGAAAACAACAUAACAACAACAGAAUCAUACACAACGGGACAGCAAACGGAAGAAGGGGAAAAGUCAGAAACAAUAGAAGAUGAGGAGGACAAAUUCGACAUAAUUGACUAUGCAAAUCUGGUUGCUGAAGAAAUGGUAGAACAACUUGAAAACACCAGUAAAAAACUGGAUCCAGAAAUUGACAUCAACAAUGCAAAGUUAAUAACAGAAAAGCAACACCCCGAAGUGGAAAAAGGACAGGCAUACAAAGACAAAGAAACUCUAAAAAAUGUCCUCAGCUACUACGCAAUCAAAAACAACUUUCAGUACAAAGUGUGGAAGUCCUGCUCUCAAGAAUACAGUCUGAAAUGUGUUUACGAAAGCUGCAAUUGGUCACUAAGAGCAUCGAGAAAUGGGCCAACAAACACAUUCAUAAUCAGGAGGUUCUCAAAUAUGCACACAUGCCCCAUAAAUAUAAGGCAUGAAGACCAAAGGCAAGCAACAUCGAAACUGAUAGGGGAAUGCAUAAAACCGAAGUUCUUGAACAUAAAGACCAAGGCAACAGCGAUGGACAUAAAAGGGGAGUUGAAAUCUGAUUUGGCAUCAAAAUGA